AUGUGUACUCAGAACCAUAAUAGGCAAUACUCAGGCGACGGGCCCCAGUGCCUCCCAUUUCCUCCGGAGAUCCUUGUGCAAGUCAUUGGUCUUCUUAACAAAGCUUGCGAUAGAAGGAGUGCCAGACUGGUGUGCAAAGGCUUUGCACAAGCUGGCCUACCGUCGCUUACGCAUACGGUCAACCUCUCUGUCCCCAGCGGUCUUCUAGACAGGACUCGAGCGAUCGCGGAGCAUCCGGUUGUCGGCAAGUACAUAAUCCAGAUGGUCUGCAGUGGCACGCAGCUACUUAGCGACGAGGUGAAUUAUGGCAACAUCCAGAAUUUGCAUGGGCCGACGACGCGUCAGACCGAGCUUUCAGUGCCAUUGCCAGUCGUCUAUGAACAGUUGUUGUCAAGAGAUGAGAAAGGGAAGAGAAUCACUCAUUGUCAAAGGGCGCAGGCCAUUUUCCUUCUUGCUCUCCAACGGUUCGUGAAUCUCAAGCGCAUUACAUUCACGGAGGUUCCACUCGCCGAAGAGAAUCAAGAUCUGGUCCGUCCGCAGUGGCCACGCGUUGCAAAUGGUGGAGACCGGUGGGAGCCCGCCUCGCCGUAUCAAAUGUUUGCCGUGGGCAUCCGAUUGUUGUAUACACAAGGCACCAAUCUAGAACAACUCAGGAUUGUAGGCUCAAGCUAUGCCCUACGGGACAGGAUAUUCUCCGAUGCUUCCCAGACAUAUUACGGUCACAUGCUCAACGUCUUUCGCAAGCUUCACUGUUUCGAAUUAUCCGUGAUUGUACCGGAUGUCACUGUGGAGUAUGACCCACAAGCUCUGACUUACGGCGGUCUCGGAGGCCUUUUGACACAAGCGACAUCUAUAGAGACAUUGAAGAUGGCAAGCUCCUAUUGGCCAGGGCCACCGGACGAGGAUGACUGCCCACCAUCGUUAGACGUUCCAAUGGUUUUCCAAAGCUACACCUGGUCACACCUCAGGCAUCUAGGCCUGCGUGGCUUCUUGAUGAUAGGCCAUGAAGACCUCAUGGGCUUCUUCGAUCGUCACGGAGCAACACUCGAGAGCGUCGAGCUGAUGGUCAUGAGGAUCCUGCAUCACCCCGACCCUCAGGAUACCAUAUGCGAAGCUUGGAAGCAUCUGUUCAAUGGACUGCGAUGCCGUGGGAUCAGUCUCCAGACACUCAGGUUGUCCCUUCUGCAAGACUGCUACGACUUGAAAGGUCACUUCUCUGAGCCUGACGAUCCUGCCUAUCAUGGCAAGAAGAUGCUCAAGUACCUCCUCCAAGGGGGCAUAAAUCCAUUGGAACCUGUCUUUCCUGUCACUGACUUGAUGGCUUGA